UGGAGUCGCUGUCUCGACAUAAUAUGCACUCUAAGGUUCACCGCCUACCUUCUUCUGCUUCUUAUGGAAAAAUUCUCUUCCGGAGCCAUCACGUGACAAUACUACGCCUGACCUCGGUACGCCAUUGGCAAUCCAACAUAUCUAUCUUUAACGUCAAGGACUUGAGAAGACGGGAAGAUUUGAUGGGGCAGUUCUGAUUUUCAGGUUAUGUGGAAAAUAGGAAUGUCGGAGGAGAUCGGGAAGGCACUGCAAGCAGUGGUGGACCGCGUGAAGCAGGCGGCUGCCCGUAGACCACAGAUGUUGCAAGAAUGUGACUCCACGUUUGGUGGCAGUCAGUAAGACAAAGCCACCAGAGAUGGUUGUGGAGGCAUAUCAACAGGGACAACGCAACUUUGGAGGAAACUAUGUCAGUGAACUUGUGGAUAAAUCUUCAAAUCCUCAGAUUUUGUCAUUGUGUCCAGAAAUCAAAUGGCAUUUCAUUGGGCACCUACAGAAGAAUAAUGUCAACAAACUAUUGGGUGUGCCUAACUUAUUCAUGGUGGAGACGAUAGACUCAGUUAAGCUGGCAGACAAGGUCAAUGGCUCCUGGCAAAAGCUGCGGGCAGCCAACUCCCAGAGAUUAAAGAUCAUGGUGCAGAUCAACACCAGUGGAGAGGAAAGUAAGCAUGGAUUGCCUCCAGAGGAGACUGUUAACACAGUGAAAUACAUCAUCUCACGUUGCCCUGCCCUACACUUUGUAGGACUCAUGACCAUUGGUCGUUAUGGGUAUGACCUCACUGCGGGCCCCAACCCAGACUUCCAGAUGCUGUUGAGCCGCCGUAGGGAGCUGUGUGAAAAUCUGAAGCUUCCGUUGGAGGAAGUCGAACUCAGUAUGGGCAUGUCCACUGAUUUUGAACAUGCGAUUGAAGUUGGCUCCACCAAUGUACGUGUGGGCAGCACCAUCUUCGGAGAGCGAGAGUAUCCUAACACACCCAGUCCAGAAAAAAAAUCAAAGGUUAUGUAUGCGGAGACAGCUGGAAAAAUGGAACAGCUUACUGUCACAGAAUAAUGAACCAUAUUCAAACAAUUCAUAUAAAAACAAUUUUUUAAAUAAAACAUUGGUCCCAUUUGAAUGGAGCAUUAAUUUUGUCAGUUCAUUUGAAAAUUAACUAAUAUUACUACAAUACUUGUUACAUGAUAUUUUUGAUUAUGUUAUGUGCUCGGCUCACAGUUGUUUUAUUCUCAUUCUUUACAAGCAUCAUUAUUCAGUUUCUCCAUUCAUUUAUCUUAAUACUUUUCAUUGAUGAUUCCAAAUUUUCCACCCCCCCCCCCUCCCCCUCAUUUCUUUCUCUUUUGUGUAACCCUGGCAAUAUUACCACCAAAUCCAUUUCUGAAUGAGGAUAGCAUAUAGUGGACUGUAAUAACUCCAAUUUGAGCUUUUCAUGCUUUCAUAUGCUGUUUCACAGGUGUUUCACAAAUUCUGUAAUUUAAGAAUUGUAUUUCCAGCACUGAAACAACCACCAAAUUACAUGGGAUGUUUCUCAAUGGCAUAUUUGGAUUUAAUAAAAUAGUAGUAAAUGAAACAUACUCAACUCAAAACAUUCUUUGUGUUGAAUUAAAUAUGCAACUGAGUUUAUACAAAUAAAUGGCAAAAGAAGGGCAGCACUCGCAAAAGUAUUUUUAGAAUAACUAUUUUACUGAUGCGUAACCAUACACAGUAAUGCAGUGUCUUUUUCAGUAUGCUGUGGACUAUACCAAAAAUGUGUUUGUAGCAUUCGGUCUUCUGGAGAAGCAGAUUGGUCUUUGCUGCGCUGACUGGUGGGGAGAGCACACGCACUAGGGUUGUGUUAGCCUCGCGAGCCAGUAUCUUUCUUCACUUCGUUCAACAGAGCCUGGCCGAUGCCUUGACGUUCUAGGCAUAAACGAAGGAGGCAACCUUCCCGGGAUAGUUGUAUUUUCCAACCAUUCAGAGUGUUUUGGCCCAGCGUGGUCUGAAACGUGCACCGGAAAACAUUACCGGAGGCAAACUUUUUCCACAAACCCGCAUCAGUUCACCACUAUUUGGGGGAAAUGAUUGUAUUGAUUGUAACAGGCAAACAAUCAAAACCAUUGCUUCUUCUGGCCAUUUUUGUGGGUAUUUAUUUGAUAGCAGACUGCAUACCGUAGGCCACGCUUGAAAAAUUAAACUUUUGCCAAAUCCUGUAGACAAGCAAGCGAGUACAUCUCUGUUCGAAAACAGCGAAUCCAAACAUACGCGCUGAAGGUCUUUCAACGAAGUCACGCCAUGUAUUUGGCAAGUCAGUGAUAUAACAGAAUUAAAAUCUUCUUUGAAUUUGUCCAUAAUUCUGUUCUUAGCAGAUAAUUUGGGUUAGCUCGAUAGCUUUGUCCGUUUCGCUGGGGUGUUUCACUUGGGACUUAGAUUGCAGUACACACGGAACAGAAGGAGUGUCGGGGGGAGGGAGAACCGGCACACUGAGACAAACAGUUCGAUUAACCAAUAGGGAAGCGACCGCUGAGGCUCCGCAGAGGCUGCCGCAGAGGCUCCUCCCUUUUUGUGUUCGUCCAGACUAGGGUUGCGUUAACUAAUCAGCCCAGGUUCUUAAAGAUGUGCUGCUCUCCACAGUUUGGGGCCGUGACCAGGAGCUCACACCAAGAGUGCAUUUUGAUUUUAAUUUUGUUUAGUUUGUUUUGUUUAUCGGACCACAUAAGACUAAGAAAGAAUCUGCUCAGCUAAAAAAGUUGGCACCAAAAUGUCACGCCAGUGUGACACUCCUGGGAGAGAAAUGCAUCAUUUCCGGGAAAUACCUUUUGUUGCCGCAUGGAGAGAGGCACCCACACAAACACAAAAUUAAGUAAAUGCCAUCACCCUUCCCCCUCACGGGUUCCGGGAAAAAACAAUGAACUAAAACAACAAACUAAAAUAAUAAAGACAAAAGUAAAACCCAAGACUGCCUUUCAGCACGCUACUGAGAUCUGCUGGCCAAAUUUCAGCUGACCAAUUUCUUGUGUGCUCAGAUAAGCAAAACUGAAACUAACUAAAUGAAAAUCAAAACGCGCUCUUGGUGUGAGCUUCCAGUCUCAGCCCUGAACUGUUGAGAGCAACACACUUUUAAGCAACUGGGUUAAUUAGUUAACACAGGGUGUGUGUGCUCUCUCCACCAGCCGGCGCAGCAGAGACCAAUCUCUUUCUCCAGUGGACCGAAUGCUACACACCUCCAACCCCAGAAUUCAACUGAAGGCUAAUUUGGUUUAUGCUGAGGCCGCUCCCUGCCUGGUUUCGGCACCAAAAUAUCACGUUAGCGUGACACCCCUGGGAGGGCGAUGCAGCAGCUCUGGGAAACACCAUUGGUUGCCACAUGGAGAGAGAGAGUGCACCCACACACACAAAAUAAAAUAAAUGAAUAUAUUCACCUUCCCCCUCAUGGGUUCUAGGUAUAAACGAUAAACUUUAACAACAAGCUAAAAUAAUGAAGACAAAAAGAAAGUAAAACAGAGCGACCGCUUUUCAGCACAGCUCUGGGAUCCACUGGCCAAUUUUUCGACUGACCAGUUCCUUUUUUAGUCUUGUGUGCUCAGAUAAGCAAAACUGAAACUAACGAAAUGAAAAUCAAAACACGCUCUUGGUGUGAGCUCUCAGUCUCAGCCCCAAACUGUUGAGAGCAACAUACCUUUAAGAACCUGGGCUGAUUAGUUAACGCAACCCUGGUGCGUGUGCUCUCUCCACCAGCCAGCGCAACAAAGACCAAUCUGCUUCUGCGGUGGACCGAAUGCUACAGUGUGGAAGAAUGUUGACAAGAACAUUCUGAACUGAAAACAAGAACAAGGAGCUGGAUUAAAUCAGAUUCACUUAGACUGUUUAAGAGCAUAUGCACUUUAAACAAACCCUCCGGAUUAGGCCAGCGUUGUACCUGAAAGUCUACUUUGCGUGGUGUAUUCAGAUAUGGUAACUGGAAGGAACUGGUUGGUGCCAAUGAAAAUGAGUCUUCAUCAACUGAUUGACAUUUAUGGUGGUGAUUCAUUUUAUCAGACCUUUUUAAAGACCUCUUUUAAAAUACACACAUUUAUGUGCUGUUUGGCCUGCAUUUUUUGAAGCAUGCUAAAUUCAUGCUUCUUAGCACAGGUCAUUUUCAAAAUGUUGGGAAAAUAGACAUUGCUCCUUCAAGAUUACUUUCUACAGUCAUGUUAAUGUAAAAAUGAAUUCAAAAAUUAAUAAAUCACUUUUAUUUUGUUCA